AUAUUUACAGAAACAUAAUUCAACUUCAUGUACCAAAAAAGAAUAAUGUACCAAGACUUGGCUGUAUGGUGUAAAACCUUUGCCUUUUCCUUUAUGGAAAGAAGAAGAAAAAAAAGUAAUCGAAAAGGAUUUUCUUUUCUACUUGUCUACAGUUAUCUGUGAAAGGAUUUGUUUUCGCAAUCUAUUGUUGAUUUUUUAUUCUACUCCUUUUUAAAAUCUCUGGCUAUUUACUAUAGUUUGAAAUGUUUCACAAAUCAAGACGAUUACUCAAGAUUGGGACAAACUAUUGUGUAAGGAGGAAACAAUUUUAUGCGACGCAAAAACCUGAGACAUCGUCGUCUCACGAUGGUAUCGUUCUUAGCGAUAGUUGUGUGCAAAGAUUGAAACAACUUUGUGCGAACAGUAAUACUUUCUUACGGCUAUGUGUGGAAAGCGGAGGAUGUUCUGGUUUUCAGUACAAAUUUGAUGUAGACGAAAAAUUAUCAGACGAUGAUAGGAUAUUUGAAAAAGAUGGUGUAAAAGUGGUCAUAGAUGAAACAUCAUUAGAAUUAAUUAAAGGAUCUACAAUAGAUUUCCACACAGAACUAAUAAGAUCCGCCUUCAGAGUUGUACAGAACCCAAAUGCAGAUCUUGGAUGCUCAUGUGGAGCCAGUUUUUCAAUUAAAAUAGAUUAGUCAAGGGGGUUUGAAUUGUAAGUAGUAUCUAGUCCAAAUGUAUAUUUACUUUUGUAUAUUGUUCCUGUUUGUAAAAUAUUAGCAUAAAUAGUAAUUUUCUGUGAUAGAUAUUUAUGUUUUGCUUUGUUAUUUAUUAAUACAUAAAUAAAACAAAUUAAAUACAUGUUUAAAUAAAACACUU